AUGAGAGAAAAUACCUGCGAAGCCGCAUUUGAGAACGUGACCGGCAUCGGGUCGACUGUCUUGACAAUUCCGAAGGAGGAGCGCGAGGCUGUGGGUGCCUUCUUGUACCACAACAGAAGUUGGAUGCCCCCGGACGUGAUUUGCACCGCCUUCGCGCUGCGCAUCUGCGCAUCGUCCAAGCCCGAGAUCUCGCGGUCCGUGAAACAAGUGGCGUUGAUGUUUGCAGCUCGAAGCAGCUACCGAGCCGUCAUUCAGCUGCUGGAGAAGGGCGAAGACUGGCCGCUUGCUACUCUGAAUGAAGCACUGAAAGCGACGAGCAGCCCAAACAAAUUUUGA